AUGGUGAAGAUAAGUUUAGAUAACACUGCGCUGUAUGCAGACGUUGACACAACUGCUCGAUUCGAGCCCUCUAGAACUACUGUGGCUGAUAUUUUGACUAAAGACGCCUUGGAAUUUAUCGUUUUGCUACAUAGGACUUUCAACUCAAGGCGUAAACAGCUUUUAGCUAAUAGAAGCGAUCUACAGUCUAGGAUAGAUUCUGGCGACUAUCGACUUGAUUUCUUACCGGAAACCGAACAAAUCAGAAACGAUCCGACUUGGCAGGGAGCUAUCCCUGCCCCUGGUUUGAUCAACAGAUCCAGUGAGAUCACAGGCCCACCAUUGAGGAAUAUGUUGGUGAACGCAUUGAACGCAGAAGUGACGACGUACAUGACUGAUUUCGAAGAUUCUUCAUCUCCAACUUGGGAAAACAUGAUAUAUGGUCAAGUUAAUCUUUACGAUGCUAUCAGAAAUCAAAUCGACUUCAAGACCUCAAGAAAGGAGUACAAAUUGAAGGAUGACAUUUCAAAAUUGCCUACUUUGAUCGUUAGACCUCGAGGCUGGCACAUGGUGGAGAAGCAUCUUUAUGUAGAUAAUGAGCCAAUCAGUGCAUCCGUUUUUGAUUUUGGUUUAUACUUUUAUCAUAACGCUAAAGAGUUGGUCAAGAUUGGUAAGGGCCCUUACUUUUACUUACCAAAGAUGGAACACCACAUGGAGGUUAAACUAUGGAAUGACAUAUUUUGCGUUGCCCAAGAUUUUAUCGGAAUGGCCCGCGGCACUAUUAGAGCGACUGUGCUGAUUGAAACCUUACCAGCAGCUUUCCAAAUGGAGGAGAUUAUAUAUCAAAUAAGACAACAUUCCAGUGGUUUGAAUUGUGGUCGCUGGGAUUACAUAUUUUCAACGAUCAAGAAAUUACGGAAUUUGCCCGAACACGUUUUGCCUAAUAGAGAUCUAGUGACUAUGACUUCACCCUUUAUGAAUGCUUACGUUAAAAAAUUGAUCAACACAUGUCACCGUAGAGGCGUCCAUGCGAUGGGUGGCAUGGCUGCACAAAUUCCUAUCAAGGACGAUCCAAAGGCCAAUGAGAUUGCUAUGAACAAGGUUCGUACUGAUAAGAUCAGAGAAAUGAAAAAUGGGCAUGACGGUUCAUGGGUGGCACACCCUGCAUUGGCUCCAAUCUGUAAUGAAGUCUUUAGCAAUAUGGGUACAGCAAACCAAAUAUACUUUAUUCCAGAUGUAAACGUCGCCUCAUCAGAUUUAUUAAAUACGAGUAUUCAAGACGCACAGGUUACAAUUGACGGAAUUAGAGUAAAUUUAGAUAUUGGUUUGCAAUAUAUGGAAGCUUGGUUGAGGGGAUCUGGUUGUGUCCCCAUUAAUCACCUGAUGGAAGACGCGGCUACCGCAGAAGUAUCGCGUUGUCAAUUGUACCAAUGGGUUAAACACGGUGUCACCCUAAGCGAUACUGGUGAAAAGGUGACUCCAGAGCUGACCGCCAAAAUAUUAGAUGAGGAAACUAGAAAAUUAGCUUCAACAAGUCCCUUAGGUGAGGGGAACAAGUUCUCAUUGGCAGCUAAGUAUUUUCUUCCUGAGGUCACGGGUAAAAUUUUCAGCGAUUUCUUGACCACUCUACUAUAUGAUGAAAUUAUUGAGCCAAAUGCCAAGCCAAUCGAUUUAAGUAAAUUAUAG